CUAUUUUCCAUUACGAUCUCUAAAAGAAUGGAAAUAGAUCGGAGAGUAAAAUGUCGGUGUGGGAAGAACUCGACUUGUUGAGAUUACGGUUUGGGACAUUGGCAAGAAUGGAAUGACCAGGUGAACGGGAUUACUUGAAGGAAAAGGAAAUUAAGGAAUGUACAGCUCUGUCGAGGGUGGAGAAAAAGAGCAGCAGCUGCGAGGUGUCCUCCGACGAGUAGUAGAAGGCACAGCCCAGAGGGAGGAUCGGUAAAGGGUAGAAGAUGGAGGGUUGUAGCAUGUACGCGUUGGAUAGGGGAAAGAAGGGGAAGGGGAAGGGCAAGAGCAAAGGCAGGGAGUUGGACAUGGUGGAGGCUGAAUGCGUGGGCAGUUUGGAGGUGCAGCAGCAUCGGCAGGUGGGCUUCAUAUGUGGCACUCUCCCUGUCACUGUUGCGCUCCCACAACACACUCUCCUCUCUCCACCUCACACUCAACGCGUCAGGGCACCUCGUUACAGAAUGCUACCUACGGAGACGGACCUCAACACCCUUCCUUCACUUGGAAUUUUCCCUACUGGAGGAGGAGGAGAUCUACAUGGUUUAUACAAUGCUUGCAGUGGCGACCCUUUUAACCAGCCCCUUGCAAGGAAGUGUGAGGCCCUUGCAGUUAGCGGUCUAGCAGCUUAUGGGGAUGAGAUAGAUGUUGUGGCCCCUGUUGACAUAUUGAAGCAGAUUUUUAAAAUACCGUAUUCCAAAGCUCGAUUAUCUGUUGCAGUUCAUCGUGUUGGGCAAACUCUUAUACUUAAUACCGGACCAGAUGUAGAAGAGGGAGAAAAGCUUGUGAGAAGAAAGAAGAAUCAAUCAAAGGGUGUAGACCAAUCUCUUUUUUUAAACUUUGCUAUGCACUCAGUGCGGGCAGAAGCUUGUGAUUGCCCUCCAUCGGCAAAAUCUACAGUUCCAAAUGAUGCAGCUAAUUCUACUAUUUUUCCAGGGCAGUUUGAUACAGGGUUUAUGGAAGGGGAUUGCUUAUCUUCUUGUGUCAAUCCACAGUCACAUUCAUCAUGGCAUUUUGUAAAUGAUGAUGAGCCAGAUACUGCUACAGAAGAUUUUCAUCUGCAUGCCCAAGGAUCUUCACAGUCAAAUAGAGACAGUAUUCCUUGGGGUGGUACGCAUGGAUGCAGACAGAAGAGUAGACUUGAUUCUCUCAAGAAAGCAAGGCAUUUUGGUGAGAAGCAAUGCUGUCCUAACUAUGUUCAGGACUCAGAAAAACAUCGGCGACUUAGCAAGGAAGGUUUUCUGAGAGUCUUAUUUUGGCAAUUUCACAACUUGCGGAUGCUUCUAGGAAGUGACCUUCUGGUAUUCAGCAAUGAAAAGCAUGUUGCCGUGAGCUUGCAUCUAUGGGAGGUGGAGCGACAGGUGACUCCUUUGAUGUGGCUUGAUGCCUGGCUUGAUAAUGUAAUGGCAAGUGUACCUGAGCUGGCUAUUUGUUAUCAUCACAAUGGUGUAGUUCAAGGCUAUGAGCUUCUGAAGACAGAUGAUAUUUUUUUAUUGAAAGGUAUUGCAGAAGAUGGAACUGCCAUAUUUCAUCCUCAAGUUGUCCAGCAAAAUGGUCUUUCUGUUUUGAAAUUUUUGCAAGAUAACUGCAAACAGGAUCCUGGAUCGUACUGGCUCUAUAAGAAUGCUGGAGAGGAUUUGAUACAACUCUUCGAUCUUUCUGUGCUAUCUAAGAGUUGUUCAUCUGAUAAAGAUGGAAAAAGCUGUAGUUCACUUCCUUCUUCCAAGAAUAGAGGAAUUAGGGACUACUCACUACCACUGGGGAUUCUUUUGUAUCGGGUGGCUCAUAGGUUGUCUCUUUCAGAGGUCCCAAAUGACAGAUCUAGAUGUGCUAAGCUUUUCAAAAAGUGUCUGGAGUUUUUGAAUGAGCAGGAGCAUUUGAUGGUACGUGCAUGUGCUCAUGAACAGGUAGCCAGACUCAUAUUGAAGUGCUAUGAAGAGUUGGGCUCAACAAUGGAUAUUUUCCUUUUGGAGUCCAAAUCAUCUGUAGUUGAUGUUGAAAAGAUGUCAUCCCUGGAACUAUCAUCAGCAUCAUCUGAGCCAAUUAUCCAGGAACAUUCAUCUGCAAACAUGAGGGAAGCUGGAAUGCUAGCUUUUAAUUCAUCUUAUAAUGCUUCUGAAAAUGUUCAUGAGACAUUUUCACAGGCUUCAGAGCCUAAUAUCAGCUUGGAAGCUGGAAGUGAUUUUAAUGCAACGGAAAUCAGAGAUUUAGAGCCUCUAGGAAGAAGUGUCACAAUUACACCAUUUUCUAAUAAUGAAGACAAUUUAACUGUAUGCCAAAUUGGAGAAGCUUCUCCACAGCUGUAUGAGACUGUUACUGAUCCUAUAUCUGCAAAACUAGCUGCUGUGCAUCAUGUUUCACAAGCCAUAAAGUCUCUCAGGUGGCAGCGGCAACUUCAAGGCACUGAAUUGAAGGUAACUGAAGAUUAUAAUGGAUCGGGUAGAUCUCCACAUGUGCAACAACUUCCUAUAUGUGUUUGUGGUGAUAUUGACUGCAUUGAAGUUUGUGACUUACGAGAAUGGCUAGCAGGAUCUCGAAUAGACCGAAAGCUUUGGCAGCUUGUUCUGUUGCUAGGAGAGUCUUAUCUCUCUCUUGGACAAGCAUACAAAGAUGAUGGGCAAUUGCAUCGGGCACUUAAGGUUGGAGAGAUGGGUUGCUCAUUGUAUGGGUCCAUGCCUUCAAGUUUAGAAGAAGUUGAACAUGCAUCAAUUGGGAAGAAAAGCAGUUCAGAACUGUCCAAUCAAGACCAGGUCAAAACAAGUAAAACAAUUGAUCCACUCUGUGAUGGGGGUCAAGAGGUAUACAAAAACAAUGAAAACAAUACUGCUUAUGGUCCAUUUCCUUGUAAAGGUUUAUUUUGGGGCCAGGCAUGGAUCCUUAUUGGGGACAUCUAUGUGGAAUACCAGAGAUUGCUGGGGGAAAAAUUACCAGAUGAUUGUCAAGAGAAAGAUUCAAGGGACGAGUUGAAAAUGGCUUCAGAAGUUAUGAAAGAAGUAAAACGAUUAAAGAAGAAGUUAGCACAGUCAAAGCGCAACUGUAAUUUUUGUAGUUUGACAGACUGUAGCUGCCAGAGUGAUCGGGUAAGUAGUGGAAACAGUGCAAGCAGCAGUAGCAGUGAUGGAUGGUCAGUGACUCAUAACAGAAAGGAAAGCAAGAAAGCAAACUCAAAGCAUGCAUUGUCAUCUAAUUUAGAGAGUUCAGAGAGUGAUUCUGAUCAAUGUAUUUCUGGCAGUGCUAAUGGCGGCAGUUCUGAAAGGAGUGAUUCUAAGAAAAGCAGAAUUGCUGUUCAAGGGCCUGAUGAUGGUUGUUAUGGGUCGACUAAUGAGAAAGAAAGAACCAGAGGAUCGAUAGAAACUAAAGAUGUAGAAAGGACUCAGAAAACAUUGCAUCAACUCACAGCAGUUUCUAAGAGUUUGAAGUCAAAAAACACUGACACAUAUAUAGGCAAACCUAGAGACAUUUUCAGUUUUUUAAAAGGACCUAAAGGAGAUUUGGAGACUAAUCUUUCAGCUGCUGCUGAGUGUUAUGAUGCGGCCAGGGAUGCUCUCUGUGGCCAUUGUGCAUACACACAGGAUUCUCAGUUGGCUACUAGGAAGAAAGGCUGGGUGUGCAAUGAAUUGGGACGGUGGAGGCUUGCAAACAGAGAUCUCAAAAGUGCUGAAACUGCUUUUGCAACAGCUAUAGAAGCGUUUAGAGAAGUUAAAGAUUUUACCAAUAUUGUAUUAAUUAAUUGUAAUCUGGGACAUGGUAGAAGGGCACUUGCAGAAUCUUUGGCAGCUAAGAUAGAUUCCUAUAAACAGUGUGGCAUCCUCCAGAAAGCUUAUAGGCAGACACUAGAUGAUGUGAAAUUCCAGUAUGGAGAAGCUUUGAAGUUUUAUGGUGCAGCACAAUUUGAACUCAAUGCUGUCGAACGAGAAGGAGAUACAAUGACAAACAGAUUAUGGCAUGAAGUCAAUACACAAUAUGCUCAUACAUAUUUGAGACUUGGAAUGCUUCUUGCAAGAGAAGAUAUCUCUGCAAAUUUACCUGGAAAUAUGAACUGGAAUAAACCACCAGCAGAGUCCACUGUUCUGACUAAUGAGAAAACAUGGAGAUCUCCUCAGAAAAAACAUGAGAUUGCAGCCAAUGAUGCAAUUAGAGAAGCUUUGGUGUUGUAUGAAUCAAUGGGCACAUUGCGAGUACAAGAAGCUGCUUUUGCACACUUUCAACUUGCUUCAUACCAGAGGGACUGCUGUCUUAAAGCAUUGAACCUUGAUUGCAAAGAACCUGCUUCCGAAAAGUGUGAAAGUGCUAAUUUUCAACAAGCAAAGCGCUAUGCUUCUCUUGCAGAGCGACAUUGGCAGAAGGCUAAAGACUAUUACUGUGCAGAGACACAUCCUGACAUGUUUUUACAAAUUCUGAUGGAGAGGUCAGAGUUGUUUCUUGCACAGUCAACAUACUACCACUCAAAUAUGAUGCUGGAAUCAGCAUUAUCUUCCCUAUUGGAAGGAAAAAAUGCAUUUGAUGCUGGAACUAAAAAUUUCCUUGGAGCAAAAUCUGUUGGAUAUGGCAGAAUUAUUGAAAACUUUUCCCAGCAAUUGCAGAGUCUGCUGAAGACAAUGCUGGCAGCCGCAAAUAGUGCAAGCAAACAUUCCAGUAGGGUUUCUUCUGUUCAAUCUAGAUCAAAAAAGUGUACUAAAAAAAAUUCACGUGGGGAGGUGCAAAGUAUGGUGAGAGUUACAGAUAUAGGGAAGCUUAGAGAGUUGUAUAGAAUAUCCUUGAAGUCUGACGUUGUGCCUGAUUUAUGUUCUAUGUAUGAGAUUUGGGCAUCAUGAAAAUUUGAUUGUAAAUGGUGUUAUUAAUUUCUGGUGAUUAGCCGGAACAUUUUAUAUUAUCCUUUCAUCUUUUGCUUUAAUUGUAGUGGUUUCUUCAGGGGCUUGGGGAACAAAAUAAUAAGUAAUAAAAGCAUAUGGAGGAUCUUCACGAGCA